UUACUUGUUUAAUCUGAAUAAAUCAGCAUUUCCCGUGUUUCAGAAAUUGUAUACAUCUAUCUACUUAUUGCUUUCUACGAGAUGUCCAACGACCUCCCCACAGUCAACGAAAUCAAACGCGCUGUCGUCGCAGGCCAACGUAUAACCCCCGAAGAUGUCUCGCAAAUCGCACAAGCAGAGAAUGAGCUUACUGGUAGGGGACCGAUCAAAGGCGGACCAGCUGCAACGGCGCAUUCGCUCUCAUCAAAGCAAAUGAACUUUGAAGCGAAACUCGACGAGCUCGCGCACAAGCCGCCAUCGCAUAUCACGCAGGAAGAUGCAAGGGAGAUGCAGUCUGCUGAGGGCCGCGCCUUCAACGCACCCCCCGGUGCAGCUAGCGUCUCUGCGCAGGUCCGGUCUCUUGCAGAUCGAAACGAGGUGCUGGGAUUGCCGGCCGUGCAAGACCCCGGGCCAGUGUAUGUGACGAAGGAAGAAGCGAGUGAGGCGCAGGCAACGGAGGCGAUGUACACAGUGGGGAUGGUGCCGAAGGGUAGUCUGGCGGCACAGAUGCAGAGCGCAGCAGAUAAACGAGAAGCGGCGCGCAAUGGGGUGCUGUGGGAUACGGAGUAGUCGAAUUUAAUGCUAGAGUUUGACAGGAUUGAUUGUAGGCGUUUGAAAACUGGAAAUUGGGUUGUGUUAGAUGUGCAUGAAUAUGCGAGGAGCAGGAAUUAGGUCUAGAACACUGUCAGGAAUCCGCCCCAGAUUCUUUAGUGCGAGAACCAUGCGAGUGAAUAGUAUAUGCUAUUUACUAUUGAGACGUGCAAGCUGAUUGCAG